GGGCUCCGGGAGGGGCGGGGCCGGGGAAGGGCCGGGCUCUCGGAGAACGGCGAUCAGUAGGCACUGCGCAGGCGCAGUAGGUUGUACUCGCCCAGACAGCGGCGGCUGAGCAGAGAAGAUGGACGAUAUCCAGGCUUCUGAGGAGACUUCUUUUGUGGUUGAUGAAGUGAGUAACAUUGUAAAAGAGGCCAUAGAAAGCGCAAUUGGCGGUAAUGCUUACCAACACAGCAAAGUCAAUCAGUGGACCACAAAUGUAGUGGAACAAACUUUGAGUCAACUUACCAAGUUGGGGAAACCUUUCAAGUACAUUGUGACCUGUGUGAUUAUGCAGAAAAAUGGAGCUGGGCUACAUACAGCAAGCUCUUGCUUUUGGGAUAACACCAGUGAUGGAAGCUGUACUGUGAGAUGGGAGAACAAGACUAUGUACUGUAUCGUCAGUGCCUUUGGAUUGUCAAUUUAACUUUGUUCAAAUUGUGUAGCCUCAUGUUUUUGUUUUUGUUUUCAACCAUUUCCAUUCUGUAGUCUACCUACAUACUGUGAAUUCAUCUUCAAGCUUUUAAAGGGUUUGAAAAGUAUCUUCUACUUUCAAAUUGUAGGGGAAAAAAGUCCAAUGGCCACACUGUUACAUGGGUUGCAUACUUCACUUUGUUCACUGUAAGUUGACAUAUCCAGUAUUGUUACCUUGUCUUAACUCUUCAAUAUUUCCAAAUAUUCAAAGGUGCUAAAAGAUGAAAUCUGCUGCAGCAUGACUUUUUCUAAUUUCUGAAAUGAUUUAUAUAACACACUAACUUCCCACUUUAUACUUUUCUUAGUAGAAUAAUAAAUUAUUAAAAUUCAUAAAUUGUGUUUUUUUAAAACCUUCUGGAAAUUCUAUAUAGUCCUAGGUAUCGAGUUGAAAAAUCAUUUGUAGUAGCUUAUUUGACUAAAUACUGUAAUAAAGGGAUAGGUAGUGCCUAGAAAUGGGAUGUCGACUUUUGGAUAAGGAAAUGUUAACAUUUUAUUUGUCUGAAGGCUUAAGAUAGAUGGUGGUAAGGGGCUAAUACUAAAGCAGUCAAAAAUAUUCAUAGACUGCUACUGUGACAGCUUUUGAACUGAGAUCAACCUUAUGUGAAGGUUUUCCAAUCAAAAUAGCAACAAUUGUAGUAUUAGAACUAGAGGCUGGACCUGUAAGGCUUUUGCCAGGUAAGGAAAAGUCCUCCCAAUGUGUUAAGACCUCUCUGCAAGUUUGUAGCUUAGUAGCCUAGAAGCAGUGCCCAGGGCAAGUUUAAAGCCAGCCUUCCCACUAUAACAAACAUAGUACCUCUCAACAUUAGUGAAUGUAGUGUUAUGUCCUUUCCAUUCCAAGUAGAUUAAACCAAGUAGAAAUGAAAUAAAGAUGAAUUCAGUUGACUUUACAGCUGUCAAGAAGAGGUAGAAAUAUUUAUGAAGCCCCCACAAACAAAUAUACAACUCUGAAUCUUUAAAGAAGUUUUCAUUUUUCAAAAUUUUCUUAUUCUGAAUAAGUUUGCAAGGAUUAGAAGUAACUAUGUAGAGACAGACAGCUUCCUUCUUAAUCAUACCCUAAUCUCACACCUACUUUUUAGGAUCUUAAAAUAAUUGUUUCUUUCAAAUUGUAACACUGCAAAGACAAGGGUGGGAGGGAAACUACAUUUUACUGAAUCAAAACCUGAAGCCAAUAUUUGUAACAAUGAUAUCAAGACUAGUGACUUUUUUUCGUAAUGCCUUUAAAUCUUUCAUCUUGAGUGGGUCAAAUUAAUUUCUUAUACAAAAAAGGGAAAUAAAAUCUAGAUACAAAUUUGAUGGCAGAAUAUAUAAAAGUUUAUGAAUUUAGAAGCUAAGAUAAAAGAUUUGCUAAAAGCAAACUAUUUGAUAUGACAGAAUGCCAUUUCUUGAAUGUGAUAACCCUCCUUAAAAGUUGUGUUGAGAACUUUUCAUUAACACAGUUCAUUAACAUAUCACAUACAAUCCUUCCUUUUGAUAGACAAGUUUAAAUAUAAUUUUAUUUUAUAAAUAUUACAAUUUUAUUUAAAAAGUUUGUAAUAGUACAAGUCCCUUCUGUAUUUCACAGCACUAUAUGUUUAGAAUCAAGAUCAAACAAGAAUAAAAAGAUGGCACUGCAUAAAAUAAAUUCCCUUUGACCUAGAGAAGGAAUUAUUAGAUUCUUUAAAAAAAUCUAACUUAAAAGGUCAAUUUCAGAAUAUUCCCUUAUUUAAGAAAAAGCAUAGACUUGCACAUAUGCAAAAGUGAGAGCUUAUACACUGGCUUCCCUGGAUAACAAGAGUAGGAAAAAAGUAAUUUCCCAAGCAGUAUUUUAAGUUAAAUUUGUAUACUUUAGUAAAAAGUGUUAGUCCAAAUAUUAGACUGAACUCUACUAAACUGUAGUUUUUCAAAGUAAUUUAUAAGUAAACACUGAAAAACAUGUAUUAUAAACCAAACUAAUGGGGAGUAGGAAAGAGAAAGUGGUUGGGGAAAAAGUCCCAGUGUCUUUAGAGUGAUAUACUGUGAUUCUAUCAACAUCUGGGGCCAAUGAUAUUGUUCCUACAUGGAUUACAAUUGGCAAAACUGCUAUCAAAUAUUCAAGGAAACAGCUGCAAAUAUGGCAGCACUAUAGCCUUUAUUGAAGAGAGUUUAUUAGGCUAUUCCAUUAUGUGAGGGAAAGAUGAUUAAACCAGGAAGGAAAAGGUCUUUAUUGCUGUGAUUAAAUAAAACAUAUAUAAAGUGAAAGCUCUAUUUUUCUUCUAUUAUCAAAACAAAACUUGAGAUGUUGAUGUCCAUCUUCUAGCACAUAGCAUUAUUCUGGCCUAAAGUGCAAAAUUCUGUCAAA